GUGGAACAAGCACAGGUGAGACACCAACAGAUGACGUACGGUUUCACCGGAAGAGCUUGCCACGCGCUAUUGGAUGCUACCAAUUGUUUGGCAGACAACCCUGAACUUUCAGAUUACGUUACGGUUCUGAAUAACUUCAAAAACGUGUAUGCAAAAUGCUUUUCCUUUAAACUCGAGCAUGGGUUUGAGGAGGCUAUUGCAGAUUUUGCCAGCAGCUGGGAGAAGCUGAAUCUUCCAUUCACAUCUAAAUAUCACAUUACAAAGUACCAUGUGGCGGAUUUCUGUCGAGAAGCCGGAAGAGGACUUGGGCUUCACAAUGAGCAAGCCUCCGAAUCCGUACAUGCUGAUUUUGAUGUGAUUUGGCAGCGAUAUAAAGCUCCCAAAUCAUCAAAGGUUUAUAACGACCGUUUGUUAAACUCUUUGAUUGAUUACAACAGCAACCAUAUGUGUUAGUUUUGAGUUUUUAAUAUGUUCCAUUCAUUAUUUUUAGUUGUAUUGCUGUUUUAUAGUUUACUUUUACUUUUUACUAUUUCACUGUUUCCUUUUCCUACUAACCAAUAAAAGCACCACUGAUUUGAAAUUCAUUUUCCCCCAUAACUUCACGGAAACAAUAAUUUAAACUAAACUUAAACCCCUAAUAAACCAUACUUAUAAUACACUUAAGCCAUGUUUGGAGAGUUAAGUCAGUUGUAAAUAAUCAUAAUUUUAUCAACGGCAACAAAUACAUACUGGUUGGAAAUGACUUGGACCACUUUUUUGACGUUUUUGGAGGUUUUUUGAUGAUAUUGAAUAAUUUGAAUAUGAAUUAUUUUGAAAUUUCUCAACAAAAACCUUAAAAUCAAGAUUUCUCGGAUUUUCU